CAAUUAAUACCAUCUGAUCAGAAAACUAACACCUCACCACCACCCAUUCGUUCAGCAAAUCAAAACCCAGACGUCAGAGCUCAGGAAAAGAUUAAUUUUCUGUUUGUUUCUCGUCAAAAAAAGUUAGAUGGGCAAGAAAAUGAAGCUCCCUUCUCUGUUCAAGACCACCAAAGAAGCAGCUUGGCAAUGGCCGCUCUGCAAGCAGCCCAAAACCCUUUCAUUCCGAGCAGGCGACGAUAUCUUCAAGACAGUCAACUCAGUAUUCUUCGAAGCCGGGAUCGAGACACCAGACUCAUGGUUCACGAACUCAUCUGAGUCAGCAAGCUUCUCCACCGAGUCAGACGAGUUCGACGGUGAAUCAUUAGAGAUGGUGGUGCGUGGAGUGAUGAGAUCAUCUCAACGGCUGUUCUUCGAACCAGGAGGUGAGUCAAGCUCCAUCUUAGGAGAAUCACCAUCGAAAAAAACGGCGCCGUUUGAGGAGAGCGUAGUGCUGGCUAUGGAAUCUGAUAAUCCGUACGUAGAUUUCAGAAGAUCAAUGGAGGAGAUGGUGGAGUGGCAUGGAUUGAAAGAGUGGGAAGGAUUAGAGAAGUUACUGAGUUGGUAUUUGAAGGUAAACAAGAAGAAGAAUCAUGGGUUUAUAGUUGGUGCUUUCAUUGAUUUGUUUCUGACUCUUUCUUCAACCUCCGUUUCUACUUCCUAUUCUUCUGCUGUUUCUUCAUGGCCAUCCCCUCCUUCUUGCUCCAGACAAGAUCAGAUGCUACUCUCAGAUUAGCACCCCAUACAAAUAUAUAAUUUUUAAUUUGUAAAUUAACUUUUGGUGAAGAUUAGGGAUCAGGGAGCUUAAUAACAUAACUAUAUCUAUAUGUAUGCGUACAUAGUGUAUGUUUCUCUUGGGGCUAGCUCUCUCUCCCAUGAGAUUGAUGACAGGUGAUUUUGUGUAUAUCUUAGCUAGAUUAAAUGUUAAUUACCA